UGCCAUGAAGUCACACAGCCCGACGGGAGGAUCUUAGUUUAUUUCUUACAGAAAGAUUAAUCUUCAGUUAACAAAAUUGGCAUGCAGUACACACGUCCAAACUCCAAAUGUAUCUAAGAACGGUUUCACAAUCACUAAACACCGAAAUUAUCGAAUAAAAUACUUAAUUCUGAAAGAACGAUGCCUACAAUUACCAGUAAGAUUAAUUUUCCUAAUCGUCUUAUGGGUGGCGCGGACGAAGAACCAGUCAUUGAAGAGAUUCCGGCCAAAGAUUCAUCAUCAGAAUCUGUCCAGAAAGUGCCAAAUCUGUCUUUGCUUUCAUCUUCAAUCUCAUCGACGUUAUUAUCUUACCCUGUAGAAAAAUCUUUAGAAGAAUUCGUGCAGCUGGAAGAGAAUUCUCAGAAUAAGCAACCUUUUUCUGCAAAUAGGCCUUAUCACUUUUGCAUUUCGCAAACGCCGGAAUUAGUCGGGAACAGGGAAGUAGAUGAAAUAAUCGAAUAUGUGCGUCAAAAUCUCCAGGAAGCCGGUAGGGCUUUAGCAACUUUGAGCGAGAACACUUUAAAAGUUGAACCCGACACUCAACUAGAAUGUCAUAAAACUAUCUCAACGUCUCUGGAGCGAAAGAGGGAAGGAUACAAUUAAAAACCUAUAUUUUGUUACGUCUUUCGAAAAUAAA